GCGAGGCCGUCAAUAAACAAAAGUAGAAAACUUCGAAAAAGAGAAAAAAGAGAGAAAAAGGGUAAAUGCGUUAGCUGUUGUUGUUUGCGUCGCGCAUUUUCCACUGGAAAAUGCAAAAUAUGAACCUUUGCGGCGCUUUGAACUCAUCACUGGAUAGUUCUGCGCCAAAACCCUCGUGUAUUUCUCCUUCUUCAAAUCGAUUACUUAUUCGAAAUGAUAGACGGCCGAAUUUCCUGUUUCUUGGGCGGUUCCAAUAUGCUACAACACUCAGAAUUAGUAUUUGCAAAGCUUCUUCCUCAAACUCGAGCUCCAAUCCGCCACAAUUGGAAAACGACUCCUCCCAACAGCUAUUCGAGAGUUUGAAGGAAGUGGAGAAAGAACGUAUGAACAAAUUGGAAGAAUUUGAAAGGAAGGCGAAUGUCCAAUUGGAGAGGCAGCUCAUGAUGACAUCAGAGUGGAGCAGGGCACUUUUGACAAUGAAGGGAAAACUGAAAGGGACGGAGUGGGACCCUGUGACUUCUCAUUCCAUAGACUUCAGUGACUUCAAGAGACUUCUUGAUUCGAACAAUGUUCGAUUCAUGGAGUACUCUAAUUAUGGGCAGACAGUCUCAGGUUUUCCUGCAUCAUGGAUUUUGCUAUGCCAACCCAAUAUUUUUUCAUUUGCUGGAGUGGACAAUGUGAUUCUACCUUACAAAAAGGAAGGGAAAACUGAAAGCUCAGUAGAUGACAUAAAAAAGGAUAUUGUUUUUCGGCGCCAUGUUGUUGAACGUAUGCCAAUCGACUGCUGGAAUGAUGUUUGGAGAAAGUUGCAUCAGCAGCUUGUUAAUGUUGAUGUCCUUGAUGUGAACAAUGUUCCUGCCGAAGUCUAUUCUAGUGUUGCCACUGCAGUUGUGUGGGGAAUGAGGCUAGCUCUUGCUGUUGGUCUGUAUGUCUGGAUUGAUACUAUGAUGAGACCGAUAUAUGCAAAGUUAAUACCUUGUGAUCUUGGCUCUCCUCCUAAAAAAACAACAUUGCAGCCACUCAAGCGGGAGGCACUUGGCUCAUUGGGGAAGAGUCGGGCAAAAUUCAUAUCAGCCGAAGAAAAAACAGGUGUUACAUUUGAUGACUUUGCUGGCCAAGAAUAUAUCAAGAGAGAGCUACAAGAGAUAGUAAGAAUACUGAAAAAUGACGAGGAAUUCCAAGAUAAAGGUAUCUAUUGUCCAAAAGGUGUGCUCCUUCAUGGACCUCCUGGUACUGGUAAAACACUUCUUGCAAAAGCCAUAGCUGGUGAGGCAGGCCUUCCAUUUUUUGCAUCUAAUGGUACAGAUUUUGUUGAGAUGUUUGUUGGCGUGGCUGCUUCUCGUGUGAAGGAUCUUUUUGCUAGUGCCAGAUCAUUUUCCCCUUCCAUAAUUUUUAUUGAUGAGAUAGAUGCAAUUGGCAGCAAACGUGGAGGACCUGAUAUUGGAGGGGGUGGUGCAGAAAGGGAACAAGGACUGCUUCAAAUACUGACAGAAAUGGAUGGUUUUAAAGAAUCAACGUCACAGGUAUUAAUUAUUGGUGCAACAAAUAGACUGGACAUUCUUGAUCCUGCUCUUCUGAGAAAAGGGCGCUUUGACAAGAUAAUCCGUGUUGGAUUACCUUCAAAAGAUGGAAGAUUUGCCAUUUUGAGGGUGCAUGCUCGAAAUAAAUAUUUUCGUUCGGAGGAAGAGAAGGAGACUCUACUUCAGGAAAUUGCAGAUCUUACAGAAGAUUUUACUGGAGCUGAAUUGCAAAAUAUACUGAAUGAAGCUGGGAUUUUGACUGCUAGAAAGGACUUGGAUUACAUCGGAUGGGAAGAACUUCUUGAGGCCUUGAAGCGACAAAAAGGCACUUUUGAGACGGGUCAGGAAGACAGUACCGAUGUCCCUGAAGAGCUAAAACUGAGAUUGGCAUAUAGAGAGGCAGCUGUUGCUGUUCUUGCAUGUUGCAUUCCAGAUCCCUACCAUCCUUUUGCUGAUACCGAUAUUAAUUCCAUACAGAGUCAGCCAAAUAUGCGUUAUGAAGAGACAUCAGGCAGGGUAUUUCUGCGAAAGGCAGAUUAUGUGGAUGCUAUAAUACGCGCAUGUGCUCCCAGAGUAAUUGAAGAAGAGGUAUUUGGAAUUGAUAAUUUAUGCUGGAUUUCUGCAAAAGCCACAUUAGAAGCUUCCAGACGUGCUGAGUUCUUGAUUUUGCAAACUGGAAUGACGGCUUUUGGGAAAGCCUUCUACAGAUAUCAACAUGAUCUUGUGCCUAAUCUGGCUGCUAAACUUGAAGCACUUAGAGAAGAAUACCUCCGUUUCGCUGUUGAGAAAUGCUCAACUGCGUUAAGAGAAAACCGUCCUGCCGUGGAGAAGAUAACAGAUGUCCUACUUGAGAAGGGAGAGAUAAAAGCCGAUGAAAUUUGGAAAAUUUACAGCAAUUCACCUCGAUUGCCUCAGCCUGCUGUGAGGCAAUUGGAUGAAUAUGGAGCCCUUAUACAUGCCGGACGGUGGGGAGUUCAUGGUGUAUCACUUCCAGGGAGGGUAACUUUUGCUCCUGGAAACGUGGGAUUCUCAACUUUUGGUGCACCUCGUCCCCUGGAGACUCAAAUCAUUAGUGAUGAGACAUGGAAGUUAGUAGAUGGAAUUUGGGAUGAAAGGGUUGAUGAAAUAAGGAAUGAAGCCUCUAUAGAAAUUGAAGAAGAGAGAGAGAGGCCAGAGCUUUUGAUGGCCAGCCACUUCCUAUAAGACUAAAAUUCAUUAUUGUCAGGAUCUCAUGGCAAGCGAGCGGUGCUCUUCAAGAUUGAGUAAAGUGUGGGGGUAGGAGCUGGCACAGGCGCAACCUCCGCGGGCUUGAAUGCCGAAGAGGUCAUUGAGAAGCUUGGCGACGAAAGAGCCAUUGAGAGGCUUGCCUCUGCUCUUGCUUGGGGAUGAAGUAUGUAUGAGGAAAGAUAAGAUGGCUUGGCUCUUCACAUGAGUGUUGCCUAAUAUCACAAUAUUGGGAUUGCGAAUCAAUCGUUGCACUGCUUUCUCAGUGUGUGUCUUCUCCACCAUCACUAUGGCUUUAUAACCUAUGAAUUCCUUGAUCCAGAAAGCUAAGCCAGCUCUUACUUUUUGGAUGUUUUGUGGAGUUCCGGCGUCUUCUCUUUCUUCUAUAUCGUCUAGGUAUAGGGUGUCCUGAAUUACAAAAAUGCAUGCUAUAAUUAUUUUGCCAAGGUGAUUAAAUUAUUAAUUAAUAGGCUACUACCCACUUUAUAGUUUAUAUGUGUAUUUAUACUAGUACUGUCACUUACUAAUUAAUAAAAAUAAAUUGCGUCCUA